AUGACUUCCAAGGGCGCACAGUUUACACUUAUAGCGAACGUUCCUUAUGAUACUGUGAGGCAGGACCUGGUCACUGAAUUUCGGCGCUUUGGAAGAGUGGAACUGGCGAUGGUCGUGUGCGACGAAGCGUCGAGACACCCGCACAAAGAGUGGACUUCUACGGCGGGGUACGCGUUCGUACGGUUCUCAAAAAGGGCGGAGGCGGCGGCUGCGAUCCAGGCGGCCAGUAUGGGACUGGUUGCGAUUCGUGGUGUCCGAGUGCGAGCCGAUUGGGCUCGUAAAGACUCCUACGCCAAACGCGGUCGCGUUAGUCCGCAACAGGGCGCGCCGCUCCUUGGACCCAUGGGCGUUCCGGAUGGGAUCCAAGCGCUGCACACUAGCCUGCUACAACACCAGGAGACCUCGCCCGUUUGGAUCGCCUCCCAGUUGCACUAUCUUCCUUCUAAGGAAGACAAAUUCCUAACAGCCGCAAACAGCCUCGCGGGAACCAGCCUCGGCGCCAGCAGCCUCGGCACGCUCUCUUCUUCCACGUCGCCCACGUCGUGUAAUAACCUACCGGCCGCGCCACUCGCCGAUGACGUCACCACGGGGGACGAGGAGGCCGCGGACCUGGAGGACGCGGAGGACGACGAAAAUAGCUCAGGUGCUCACCAUCCCGGACCUGCGCUUCUGCUACCCUCCACUGGUUUCCCCACCAAUGGUUUCCCCACCAAUGGUUUCCCCACCACUGGUUUGCCCACCGCUGGUUUGCCCACCACUGGUUUGGCCACCACUGGUUUGCCCAGUAGCUUUCCCAACAUGAGUGGCUUGCCCGGCUGUGUGCAUGGUGUAAGCAUUCCCGACGGAGCCACCAGUGCUCGAGUUAAAAGCACUGUUUGUGCAGGUGGCUCUCUUGGACCUGCGUCCUUGGGGCCGGCUUCGCUCGGGUCUGCUUCGAGUACCGCCCUAGAUUCUAGUCACCAGGCGCUGAACUCUAGUUACCAGGCGCCGAGUACCAGGUCCUGCCUGACGCAGGGCUCGCCUUUCGCGACUGGAUCACACACGGCCCGCGCGGCGGACCUCACUUUGUUUUCAGACGCCUUGUGUGCAGAACUUGCUGACUACAUCAGUAUCAAGGUAUCAGAGACUGCGGGGAGCAGCUCCACUACCGGCUCGCUGUCACCGAGAUCGUUUACUCCCGGCACGGAAGGAGCCGAGCCUCUUUCCGGAAGCAGUCUGGGUGGCACGAGUCUGGGCGGUCCCAGUCUGCCUGGGCGCAGCCUACCUGGCUUCGAGGAGAUGCUUUCGCCUUGCAGUCGAGGUUUGCUGGCUCAGGCUCUCAGCGACGUCGCAUUUACUUCUCUUAGGGACCCCUCGCCUGCCGCAGAGUUCGCGUCUCUGGCCAAUCUUCGACAUACGAGACGGGCGCGGCCCGAAGACCUUCUACAUGCGGCCGUCAAGUAUUGCGAUCUGACCGGUGGGAUGACCGGAGGGAUGGUCGGAGGGAUGGCCGGAGGGAACACUCCCACACCUUUCGUGACAGGCAACCCCCAGCUCGGCGCUGGGUUCGCAUCCAUGACGCCCAUGGGAGCUGCUCAAAUCAGCGCGGCUGAGGAAAUAACUUUGUUGUAA